AACGCUCCCACUGCGGUCUUUGUUCCCUCCUUUGACUCCAGCUAUUGAAUUGGCCAUUGAAAACACAUUCUUCCCAAGUCAAAGGAGCUGGGAGGCCUGAUACAGGCCUUCUAGGCAUCUCCUAAGCAGAAGUCACUGUAAGUUUAAUCAGGCUUCUAUCCCGCUGCCAUCCGAACCAGGCAUGGCAGUCUCACUUUUUUCAGCACCCAACCUUUGUUGAUUGUUAUUGUCAUGCUACUUCUGGCACGUGCGCAAAAUUUCUAAUCCUGACACUCAUUAGGUAGGUUGGUAGUCGCCGUGGUCACUUUUUCUCACCAUCAACUUCCCCCGUCACCACUUUCCAUCAUCAAUCCGCCAUUGCAAACAUCGGCAUAUCAAGAACUUUGUUGCACAACUAUCGUCAUCGGCACCCUUGCGGGUUGUGUAACCCCCCUGAUGGCGCCACGAACUAGAAGCUCUAUCAGCGCCUCCUACAGGCUGGAGGUCCCCGACUCGGAUGAAGUCUCGGGAUCAUCUCCUGCACCUGCUGAGGAUGUUCCUGACAAGCGGCAAGGUCUGGCGGGAAAGGCAAUGCCAGCUAGUCCCUCGGCUGCAUCCUCGUCAUCCUCCGUGCCUUACCCAGAAACCAACUUCUCUUCUGGAAGCGGGUACUCGACUCCUUUGACCAGUCACGUCCCUACACCGGCAGCCUCAGUUCCUGCAUUGGGAUUGGCAAAGACCCCGGUACCCAAGCGUGGAACCAGAAUUGAAGUUCAUCUUCCCCAGGUCAAACAGGCCAACCAGACCAACCCUGCACCUCAUAGCCACCGAGCUCUCCAGCAGAGCAUCUACUCUCUCAAGUCCAAGCGCAAGAGAGUUGAGAUCGAUGAUAGCGAAGACGACUACGACUCUGAUACUUCCCCUGAUGCAAAGCUUGCCCGAAAGCUGCAGGAUGAGGAAGACCAACUCGUUGCUGCUAAAGUGGCAGCCCGUGCCUCCCCCCAGCCUCCUUCUCGCCGCAGCACCCGACAUAUGGCUGCCUCAGCUCGAAAGGCGCCUGUCUCUUUCAUCAAGACCAAAGGGAAACAAGCAGUCUCUGCCUCCAAAAAUAAGAUUCGUUUUGGGGCUUCAGAUGAUGAGGACGAGGACGAGGAUGGGAGUAUGGAUGAGGAUGAGGAUGAGGACGAGGACGUGCCUAUCCGUCAAACAGUGAGGAAGCUACGGCAUAGCACUAGGUCUGCUACCAAGGCAACCACUUCAUCUGCUGUCACUCAAGACUUGGCCAUUCACAGUCCUGGACUUCAAUCAACUCUUGGUAAGACCCCAGGCAAAGACUUGGUCCAUCCCGAUGUCGACAGCGACGACUACACCCAUUUGUCCGGCGCCGAUACUCCUCAGUUGGGUAUCGAUAUGGAUUCUGGGUCGGAAUUCAGCGUCGAAGGUUCUGAAUCCGAAGCAGAGUCUGCACCUGACACAGACAAUGCAAGCGACAACGCUGGCGUCAAUAAUGGUGCUGCUGCUAGGCCAGAUCCCCCGGGGGAAUUACUAUCGCACCAACCACAUCACGGUGGAACUGUUGCUGCUAGACGUCACCAGGGUCACCGGGGUCGUAAAAAGGGAAAGGCAAAGCAGCUUGAGCAUCACCAUCCAGAGCUUCUCACCAUGUGGGAUAAUCUCAGAGAUAUGCCUAUCUUGACGGCUGGCAGAGCUGAGCAGCCCAAACAUAUCUCACGGCAACUCAAACCAUUCCAGCUAGAGGGACUUGCCUGGAUGACAGAGAUGGAGAAGAUUAAGUGGAAGGGCGGUAUCCUUGGCGAUGAAAUGGGACUCGGCAAGACUAUCCAGGCAGUGUCCUUGAUCAUGUCAGACUGGCCGGCGAAGCAGCCAACCCUGGUGCUUGUUCCACCUGUUGCCAUGAUGCAGUGGAUGGCCGAGAUCAAUUCAUACACCGAGGGUACCCUGAACACCCUGUUCUUCCACGGAACGAAUUCCAAGUCCAAGAACCUUACUAUUAAGGACUUGAAGAAGUACAACGUCAUCAUCAUGUCGUACAACAGCUUGGAGGCUAUGUUUCGAAAACAGGAGAAGGGGUUCAAAAGGAAGGAGGGUCUGUACAAGGAAAAGAGCGUUAUGCACCAAAUCCAUUUCCACCGGGUUAUUCUUGACGAGGCACAUUCGAUCAAGACGAGAACGACCAUGACUGCCAAGGCCUGCUUUGCCCUGAACGUCACCUACCGCUGGUGUCUCUCCGGCACUCCUCUCCAGAACCGGAUCGGCGAGUUCUUCUCUUUGGUCAGGUUCCUCAACGUUCGGCCCUUCGCAUCCUAUUUCUGCAAGCAGUGUCCUUGCACCACGCUGGAGUGGACUGUGGAUGAGAGCUACCGCUGCACUCAAUGCAAGCACGCGGGCAUGAGCCAUAUCUCUCUCUUCAACCGGGAGCUCCUCAACCCGAUCCAGAAGUUUGGAAACAGGGGCCCGGGCGCCGAGGCCUUGGGGAAGCUCCGUAUCCUGACGGACCGUCUUAUGCUCCGUCGACUCAAGAAGAAUCAUACCAACUCAAUGGAGCUUCCGGUCAAGGAGAUCUACGUGGAUCGCCAGUUCUUUGGGGAAGAGGAGAGGGAUUUCGCAAGCAGCAUCAUGACGAGUGGCGAGCGCCGUUUCAACACAUACGUCUCGCAGGGCGUCCUCCUCAACAACUAUGCCAACAUCUUCGGCCUCAUCAUGCAGAUGCGGCAGGUUGCCGACCACCCAGACCUGAUCCUCAAAAAGAACAGCUCCGGGGGACAGAAUGUCUUGAGCUGCUGCAUUUGCGAUGAGCCGGCAGAGGAAGCCAUACGAUCUAGAUGCAAGCAUGACUUCUGCCGCUCGUGUGCAAGGAGCUACCUGCUCUCCUCGGAUCAGCCGGAUUGCCCCCGAUGCCACAUCCCACUCUCGAUCGAUCUCGAACAGCCGGAAAUCGAGCAGGAUGAGGACCUUGUGAAGAAGUCGUCCAUCAUUAACCGCAUCAACAUGGAAAAUUGGACUUCGUCAUCCAAGAUUGAGCUGCUUGUGCACGAGCUGCACAAGCUCCGAUCCGACAAUGCGUCCCACAAAUCGAUCAUCUUCUCUCAGUUCACGACCAUGCUCCAGCUCAUCGAGUGGCGUCUGCGACGUGCCGGCAUCACCACCGUCAUGCUCGACGGAAGCAUGACUCCAGGCCAGCGGCAAGCCUCGAUCGACCAUUUCAUGAAGAACGUCGAGGUCGAGUGCUUCCUCGUCUCCUUGAAGGCUGGAGGUGUCGCCCUGAAUCUCACUGAGGCGUCCCGGGUGUUUAUCGUCGAUCCCUGGUGGAACCCUGCGGCAGAGUGGCAGUCGGCAGACCGCUGCCACCGCAUCGGGCAGACGCGCCCCUGCACCAUCACCCGACUGUGCAUUGAAGACUCGGUCGAGAGUCGAAUGGUGCUUCUGCAGGAGAAGAAGACCAACAUGAUCAACUCGACCAUCAAUUCUGACGAUGCGGCCAUGGAGUCAUUGAGCCCUGCAGAUCUUCAGUUCCUGUUCCGAGGCAACUGAAAUGUUCUGGACUUUUGCAUCAUUACAGCAUACGGUUUAGCCAAAGAUGGCGUUGUUUGUUUUAUUAUUCGCUGUAAAUUUUGCUUUUGCUGGUUUGCUGAUACCUUCCUCACCUGAGGGCGGCAUGGUUGGGCAUUUCUUUAGAUCUCUCACGUCCUUUUAUGAGGUUUCGGGAGUCCUUGGCUGGAUCACUUAGCACUGGGAGAACUGCCUGGAUGGCCUUCUAGAGGUGCACCGCUGGUCAGGAGGUAACCGGAAGCUACCUAGCUAAACUAGGUACAGUACCUUAUUUAGCUUAGGUACGGGAAUGAAAUGUUUUUUUUGUAAUGAGGUAACUGUUGCAUGAGGUCAUGUUUGCACUUCCAUCCUCUACCCGUGUGUGGGGAACCCUGCAGCUGGAAGCGAUCGACAGGGAGGUACGGAUCCGGAUACUGCAGGCUGAGAGCUUCCCCGCCAGC